GUUCAUGACAAGCUGGCAACUGUUGUGGUUGUUAUUUUGACGUUGUUUGGCGCUCAACACACGUCGAACCAAGGACGGUCUCUUGCUAUCUACAUAACUUCACAGAAACUGUCUGAUAGCGGGGAAUGUGGCUACGUGAGGCUGCAUAGAAAUACAGAUGGAAUGAAAACCCCCAGGAUGGAAGCAUCAGUGUAGCGGUGUUGUCGCAUGAAUCUAGCGGUGUAGAGUUGACGUGCAGCGAGGACUGUUGUAGCACUGCGUGUUUGAAAACCUACAUAAUGGCGGCAACUGAGGUGGUGGAACUGUCUUGCUCCGAUGAUGAAGACUUCCAGGAACCAGUCAGGAAGCCAAUUGGUUGGAACUACCAGCUGGGUGCUACAAAGACACAGCAGAAUAAGCCCAGAGCUAAUGGGACAUCAGCUACAAUGGCACCAGCACCUGCAACAAAAGCAGAUGAUGACGAUGAUGAUCUGGAGAUUAUUGAGAUAAAUAUAGACCCCAAGAAUAAUCAGAGUGGGAUGCCGUCAUCCAGUAGCCGCUCGGAGAUACGCAAGCAGGUCCGUAAUGCUAGUCAGUCUUCCAUCUCUGAUUUCUUCACCAAGAAGAAAAGUUCACCAGAAGACACAAGUGAAAAGAAAGUGAAAAAGAAAAUAAAAGAAAGUAAGAGUGAGGAGAGAGAAGAGAAGCAGGAAGAGAAUGACAGGAGUACAGCCACUUUGGAGGAGUUCAUAAGGCGAUGGGAAGAGAUAAAGAUCAGCAAAGAUGACGAGAAGAUCCGAGACAAGCUUUGGAAGCACUACCACCUCGCUCAAACAUCCUACACCCAUUCUAAGAAGUUCAUUCAGAUCAUUGAGGCAUCAACACGCAAGCUUACCAGUGGCAACAUAUAUGUUGUAAUAAAAGACAUACUGGACUGUCUGAAGCAGUACAAAGACAUGCCCUACAGACAAAAGGGAAGUGAAGCAGAGUCUGCUGGAACCUCCAGGGAAGGAACUCCAACACCCACUGAACCAGAGAACAGCAAAGUAAACAAACGGCUUAGGAAAGUGGAGAAGAAAAUGGAGGAAUUGGCAAAAAAAAUAAAAGAAUUGGAGAACCAGGAAGUGGAUUUGGAUGAUGAUGAUAAUUCAGCAUAUCUAGUGGAAGAUAGAAUAAAGCGGCAGUUUGCAAAGUUACACGACUAUUAUUGCCGUGUAGCUAACUGUUCAACUGCCAUUGGUCGGCCCAUUGAGAAGAAGUUCAGAUACAAAGGUAGUCGCUGGGUUGAAAUAAAUAAAAGAAUAACAGCAUGGGUGAACAAGUACAAAGAAUUCCCUGACUAUGUGGACAUCCUGAACCUGGUGAAGAAAGUAACCAAGCAGAGCAACCUGCCCCUCAGGCCAGAGACUGUGCGGGUGCAAGCUCAGGAGAUCUUCAGAGAUGUGGGGAAGAUACUGAAGUAUAGACGGGAGAGUGACGACUUGUACAGUAUAUACUCCUAUGUGGAGGAAGAAGGCGAAGACCCAGCCAAACAGGAUGAGGCCUUGGACCAACAACUGAAGGAAAAUGAGAAGAUUGCCUCAGAGAACCUGAAUAAAGUUUUCCAAGAUUUUGUUGAGAAAGAUGGGCAGCAGCAGGAGUCAGCAGAUGUUGACACAAAGACAGCUUCAGAUAAAACACAAACAAAAAAUAGUCCAGUUAAGGAUGUUUUAAGUACUACAGAGUGCAAGGUGGAGGAGGAGGAGAAGACAGUUGCAACAGAGAGUGAGAGUAAAGUUAAGGAAGAGGUGAAGGUUGGGUCCAUAGCUGAACUGGGAGUGACUUUGAAAAGGAUUAGUGAUAACUGUACAGAGAAUGGUGAUGAUGAAACAGCAGAAAAUCACGAUGAAUAUAUUGUCAGUGAUGCAGAGGAAGGUACAUCAACUGAGGACCAUUCAAUGAGUGAUAGUGAAGACAAUGAUGAUGACGACACAUCAGUUGAAGAAAAUGAAGAGGAUGAGAGACGGGAUACUAAAGAAGGGAACACUCAUGAUGUAGGCAAGGCAGAAGAGGAAUUAGAUGAUGGGGAUGAUACAGAUGAUGAUUUGAAAGCUGUCCUCGCCAGUGCUUGUAUAGACGAGGAAGAGGAAGACUCAGAGGAAGACAUAUCUGUCAUAGAUACCGAGGAGUUUCUUGAGCUGGAGGGCAGCGGUGGCGAGGGUAGCAGCAAGAACUCGAUGUUGUGUCUGGAUGAAAACAGCCAGGAAUGCACUGCCACUGUAGAGAAUGACACACAGGAAUGCAAUCCCAUUACAUCUACUGCUCAGAACAACAACAACCAUGUCCCCACCACACACAAUGAAGAACAAAACUGCACAGAACAACACUCCAGUACCACCACCAGUGUUGCUACUCCACCCAAAGCAUCGGUUGAUACCAGAACCACCAGCCCCACAGAGGCAAAACAACAUGAGAAACGCAAGUUGGACGAGAGUUUAUCACCCUGCAAAAAAUUAUGUGUGUCAGAUGCAUAGCUGAGGAAUGGGGAGUCUUGUAACUAACUUUUUUAUCAGCCAACUUAAACCAAGUAUAGGAAUACCAGUUUCAAUGAUUAUAUUUAUCUUAAUUAAAAGUUUUUUUUAUAAGUAUAGAUGAAUAUGUAGUAUGCAUUAACUCAGAGUAUUUUUCUUCAAUAACUACUACUUUGUGAAAUUUCCAUCCUUUCUUAUUCUAACACUAUUGCUUUGUUUAUUGAAAUCUUGGCCCCACCCAAUACAUGUGCUCCUUCAUCCUUCAUCAUAUUCUUUCACCUUCCAAGUGGUUUUCAGCUACCACUAGGACAUUCAAUGUCAUUUACAUCCUUUCAUCCCUUCACUAUGGCCUAAACACUUCAGUGGCCAUUUGUUUAUUUUGUUUAUCUUUAUUUAUUUGUUUUUCUAAAUUAAUUUAUAUUUUUCAACAUUUUUGUUGGAGUUCUUCAACUUGUUCCUUGAGUAGCACUAAAUAGAGUAAUUGCCAUGAGUU